UUUGGCAAAGAGGGAGCGGAGCAGAAAGGAUGCCCAAAAGGACGGUGCGAGAGACGGCCGAGAUCGGAGAGCACUUCCUCCAGUUCCUCAAGGACUCCGGCCGGGGAGAUGUGAGCCACAAGGAGCAGCUCAAGGCCAUCUACAACCAGGAGUUCCGCCACAGAGAUAAUGCAAAGGGACCCAAUUUCUCCUCUGUACUGUAUGCACUAUUCAUUUACGGCCGUGCCACAAUGCGUCAAGAACGUGUGCAGUUUGAAAAGGUAAAGAGGAAAGUAAAGCUUACUGAUCAAUACUGGAGGCCACCAAAUGAUACUGGAGAUCACCCUACCCAGCAACGGAGCUCAGGUAGUGGCCCACCUCCCCGUCGGUCACCUGCAAAGAAAAGAGCUGAAUUUGUCUCCGAGAAGAAUGGAAUUGACAUAGUUUCUACGUGUGAUGUGGGGAAUGGUAAAAUCAGUUUCCAUGUGUCCCCAAAUCGGAGUGUGAUGAUCCGCAUUGAAGUAAAGAAUAAUGGGACAAAUGAAGUGACAUUGUGCAAGUACAGAAUGUUACCUAAACGGCAUGAAUUCACCUUUGAAGUUUCUGUACCCACACCUGUAAGAAUACCACCAGGGGGAAAAUAUGAGUUCCUGGUGAGCUGUCUGACACAGGACUAUGGCUUCUUUCCUGUCACUCUGAUGUUUGAUUUCAUGAGUGAGCAGAAUGAACCCUUCACCAUAGGGCGUUUCAUGUCUGCUGUCGCCAAUAGCAAAUUAGCAGAACAGCUGGGUCCCACAGCACCUUACCAACCUUAUCAAGCCAAACUACACAAACCUCAGGUUGUCACAGUAGUAGAUGGUGUCCCACCAAAUGACUUUUUAGAAUAUGAACUAAAACUAACACAAAAACUGAAGUUCUACAAAUAUCCACCAGACUUGAAGGAUCUGGUUAAGUUCCUGACUGCAGGCUAUGCACCCAGUGAUGACAUCCGUGACAGAGUUGCUCUGCUCAGAAGUAACCUGAAAGCUCCCCUUCAGUUCAACAAGUAUUGUGACAAGUUUUGCCUACUCCUUCACCUGGAAGAGAUCCAAAUGGAGGUGGACAUCCAUGUAUAUGAUAUGGAAAACGUUCCUAUGGUUGCUGAUCGGAAUCUUCUCGUCCUGGAGGCACCUGGCGUUGCAGAGAACCGCCCAUCAGUACUGAGAGGUGAUCAUCUUUUUGUGACCUUAGCUGAAGAGCAACGACAGCAGCCAGUUGUGCAGUAUAAAGGCUAUGUUCAUGGUGUGGAGCUGGACAGAGUCAAGCUGGGUUUCUCUGAAAAACUGCGAUCUAAUUUCAUCAAUAAAAUGAAGUUUAAUGUGUCCUUCACUUUCAACCGUCUGCCAUUACGCCUCCAACAUCGUGCUGCUGAGCUUGCCAAAAAGAAGCAGCUGCAACACCUGCUUUUCCCAUCUUUGUCUUAUGGGCAAUCCCUACUUUCUGCCAGUCAGCACCUCAAUCUAUAUAAUCCUAAUCUUGAGAAAAAUGAAGAACAGAGGAAAGCUGUCUAUCAAGUGGUAGCAGGAACCUCCCGACCAGCCCCAUACCUUAUAUUUGGACCUCCUGGUACUGGCAAGACUGUCACCAUGGUGGAGGCCAUCAAACAGGUGUUGCACUGCAUUGAGGGUUCCCAUGUACUUGCUUGCGCCCCUUCCAACAGUGCCUGUGACCUGCUCUGCCAACUGCUUAAACAACACUUGGAAAAGAGGGCUAUAUACAGGAUGAAUGCCAGCAGCAGGGAUUAUGGCACAGUCCCUGAGGAUAUCAAGCCCUUCUGUAAUUGGGACAAGACAAAGAGGUGCCCUGUCUUUCCCCCCAAAAAGGAGCUGCAAAACUACCGGGUCAUAAUCACUACCUUGGUGACAGCAGGAAGAUUGGUCUCAGCUGAUUUCCCUCCAGGACAUUUUUCUCAUGUCUUCAUUGAUGAGAGUGGCCAUGCUGUUGAGACAGAGAGUCUGGUUGCUAUUGCAGGUAUCCUUUCAGUGAUGGAUCCAAAUACUAACCCUAAAGGUGGCCAGCUGGUUUUGGCAGGGGAUCCCAAGCAACUGGGGCCAAUCCUGAUGUCUCCUCUGGCUAUUGAGCAUGGCUUAGGGCUUUCCUUGCUGGAGCGACUAAUGGAGCAGAACUCAUUGUACCAGAAGGAGGAUGGCAGCUACAACACACAAUUUGUUACCAAGCUGUUGAGGAACUAUCGAUCCCAUCCUGCCAUUCUCAAAUAUCCCAAUGACAAGUUCUAUGAUGGGGAGCUGCAGGAGCAUGGUGACCAUGCAAUCACCCAUUCCUACUGUAAAUGGAAAGAACUGGUCAAACAGGGUUUUCCCAUCAUCUUUCAUGGAGUCUGUGGAGAAGACCAGCGUGAAGGGAACAGCCCUUCCUUUUUCAACACUACUGAGAUUUCGGUUCUGAUCGACUACCUGAAGAAACUACUCCUAGAAGAUCGAGGCAAGAAAGGCCAGUCUCAAAUUCUUCCGAAAGAGAUUGGUGUCAUCUCUCCAUACAGAAAACAGGUUGAAAAGAUAAGAUAUGCUAUUAAUGUAGAAACAGAACUCAAAAAUCUCAACAAUAUCAAGGAUCUGAAGGUGGGCUCUGUUGAGGAAUUUCAAGGUCAAGAACGGCGUGUGGUGCUCAUUUCAACUGUGCGGAGCAGCAAUCAUUACUUAGGUUUUGAUAAAAAGUUCAAACUUGGCUUCCUCAAGAACCCCAAGCGCUUCAAUGUGGCUAUUACAAGAGCCAAGGCACUCUUGAUAAUCGUAGGAAAUCCAAUGACUCUCGCCAAAGAUCUCCAUUGGGCCGAGUUCCUCAAGUACUGCAGGGAAAACAAUGCUUACCGAGGAUAUCAGUAUGUGGAAGAUGAGAAUGAUGAGGAUGAAGUGCUGGCAGCUGGGCUCCAUUCUCUGAGCCUGGAUAGAAAGCCAGCUGAAAGCACCUUAGGAGAGAGUCACAUCCAGCAACAAGUGGAAUCAGGAUGGAGGCAUGAACACUGAGGGUCAAUCUUGCCCUUGUCUUGUAGCUGCUGUUCUCUGAAUUCUUGAAUAAUUCACUUUCCUGUUGUCUAACGGAAAAGCAGAUGAUAACCCACUUUAAAAAACUUGGGCCCUGUAUCUACUGGUUCUCAGGUGUUAAAGGCCAGUGCCUAGUAUUAUGCACAGAAAUCUCAAAUUCCUGUGGUAAGAAAUCAUAAUUGGGCAAUAAGGGUAGACUGAUUUCUUUGAGACCUUUUUCAUUUCACUUUAUGUACAUGUGUGUGUGAGACACACAGAAUAUAUGUGUUGUGGUGCUGAAAAAAGAUUAUUACACAUGUCUGGUGUUUUGAAACUGACAGUAAGCACCUGUAUAAUUUUUUAAAAAAACAUAUUUGAUAUUUCAGGAAAUGAGAAUAAAUGAGAAUAAAUUUCGGCCAGCUUUAACCUUUAUCAAGAACUGAUGCUAGGAUAUUCUUAAACCAUUGCCAUUUUCCAGACAAUCAGAUUUUAUCAUCAUGUAUUUUUUGUACUGAAUUUAUUAAAGUUUACGAGAGCAAACAGUCAUAUUCUCCUGAUUUUUCACUUUCUGUUCACUCUUAUUGUACAGAAGAAGAAAAAUAGAACAGGGGAGGAAGGAACUCAAGUGCAUAUUUUGACCAGAAAUGACUUUUAAAGCACAUUUUUGAUUCCUCUGUUUAGGACAGGGGUAGACAACCUUUUUGAGCCGGGGGCCAGGUUGUUGUCCUUCAGACAACUGGUGGACUGAAGCCAAAAAAUAAAUGAGGGAGGAGGCCACCGGCAAUUGCCGGCGGCCCCGCGCGUUCCUUCUCAGCCUCUGCGGAGGCUUCGACCUCCACAGAGGCCGAGACGGAGGGAGGAGGCCACUGGC